ACAGUGGUGUCAGCACUGAUGGCCGGUCCCCUGUGGCGGGCCACAGCAUUUGUACAGAGAUACAAGACAGGUCUUUUGGUGGCUUCUUUUACAGGCCUGUUUGGGGCCCAAGUUGCCUCCCACCUCUUCCCUGUUCCUGCAGUCCAAUGGCUAUACCAAUACUGUCCUCAGGGCCAGCCUGCCCUACUCUCCCCAGAGCUACAGUUGCUGUUCCAGGAGGUAUUAGACGACAUGCGUGUCCCCUGUGAUCAUAACUACGAGGCCUUCACUACCUUCACCUUCUUGCCCGUGAGUGCUGGCUUUCCCAGACUUGCUGCUGGUGCAGUGGUUGGCAUCCCAGCCACCUUCCUGAGUGGCCCAGUGAUUGACACUGACCAACCAAUAGUUAUUCAUGGACAAAAAAUACACUGGCAGAGUCCUGCAGGCAUCCGGCUCAGAAAUGCUUUGAUUCUGUCCCAUGAUGCCCAGAAGUUUGCCUUAGCCAGGGAGGUAGCGUACCUGGAGAAUGGCUCAGCUGCACUGCAGGCCCUACCGGCCCCAGCUUGCUUGGCUGGAACCUGGAUAUUAAGUGUGAGUGCCAAGCAUGCCCUGGGGCUCUAUAGCGGUCCCAUGAAUUUUCGGGUGGCCUUCAACUUGCUGGCUACAGUGGUGGGCUUUGUUGCUUAUGCCUUCUGCACAGACUCUCUCACUCACAUCCUGGAAUCCUGGCUGGAUCGCCGCACCGCCUCACUGUCUCCAGCCUAUGCCCAGGGCGGAGUGGAGUUCUAUGACCAGCUUCUGUCAGGCAAUUUAGCCUUGCGCAGUCUGUUAGGCAAGCAUGGCGAGAAACUUUAUACACCCAGUGGGAAUGUCAAUCCCAACCAUUGGUUCCGUAUCAAGCAUCUCCCCUAUACCACGCGCCGGGACAUCGUUCUGCACACCUGGAGGGCAAAGCUCAAUGCAGGCAGUGUUUGAGGGGCUUGUUACAAGGGCACUUCUAGAUGGGCACAACCACCUCACCACUGGCUGAUGGAAGUUGGGGAAAGAGUUAGGUUCUCCAAGAGCCAUUACUCUUUGUAGCUCCAUAUCAGGAAAAUCAAAGACAUUGGAGUUAAACAACCUUGAUUCUACUCCAACCAACUUCAACAUUUAAGGUCUUGGUCACUGUGGGCAGGGUCAUCUGAAUCUGUAUGGUCUCCUCAGCUGCAAAACAGGGACAAUAUCAGCUACCCAGCAUGACUGUAGGGCUAUGUGAGCUUGUGAACAUAAGGGCCUUCAAUAAAUAUGUAUCUCCUUGGUCUCUGAA